AUGGUCCUGGACAGCGACUUCAGCUCGAACCGGCAUGCCACCCCGAAUCUCCAGGAGUUCGAAGUGCCCAUCCGGCACCCGGAGCUGUGUUUCGACGAUGGCAAUCUGGCAGUCGUCACGGGCCGUCAGUACUUCCUUGUGCACCAGGGCCUGCUUUGCCACCACUCUCCUGUCUUGAGAAGCCAGGUGGAUGCGCUUCGCCCGGGCCAUGCUUGUACGCUCGAAGGCCGGCCAGCACUCGCCUUGCCAGACACACCAGAAGAUGUGGCGUGCCUCUUAAAGGCUCUUUACGGCUGCGCUCUGGGCUUGGAAAGUAAGGAAUUCACCGACGUCUCGGCUUUGCUUCGUAUGUCGACGAAGUAUGGCGUGGACGAUCUGCGCAAGGAGGUUCUGCAAGUGCUCUUGCUAUCAUGGCCAACUAGUCUUGCUCUAUGGGAGGAUCGCGAAAAGAAGGUCACAAGCAUACAAGGUAUCUAUGCCCCGCGUACCGGAUUACCCCAUCCUCUAUUGAUCAUCAACUUGGCUCGCGAAGUCGCCGCUCCGGAACUGCUACCAUCUGCUUUCUACGACCUAUCUCGAUACUUGCCGAGUCAACUCGUGCUAAACCACAUGAGUGGACUCGACGAGACUGGAAUUCGGCUUUCGCACGAGGAUCUGCUCAAAGUGCUGCGAGGGAAGGAACAGGCGGCCCGUUACUUCUCGACCUUCAUCGUCAACGAGCUGGAGGGACGGGAUCCUUGUGAUGCCUGUGCCCGGAAGCGCAACCCCACAACUCAACGUGCAUGUCAGGUGGCAUUCGAGGCCAUCAACUUCGAACUCAUACGCGACGUCAACGGCAUGGUAUGCAACCGGAACUCGGACCCUCUGUUUGCUAUCGCGGAGAGUCUAGAAAUGCAGACGAGGGAAGACGUGCCCGGGGUGGUGAACGAUGCGAUAUAUAGGGCGUGCGAAGCUUGUCGCCUGGAGUAUGGCGCCGUUGUCGACUCGCUUCGGGAGAGCUUCUGGCAGCGGAUCCCGGAAUGGUUCGAAUUGGAGGGCACUGUCCAAGGCGUCGACCGAGCCUUGGCCCUCCAAGACGUGCAUAUAUGCGCCGAAAAUUCCCACUGGCAUGACAUCAUGCUGAUAGACGAAGACGACGAUAUCCAACGUGUUCCUGCGAACGACGGCGGUCAAUGCGUCAGGAAGGAUGCGGAAGAUAACACUCUUGAUAGUGGAGGUGCUAUAUCGCAAUCCUCCACUCUACACGACGACUCGGAGGGCAGCGAGCAGAACAUAAAUGGCGACCUCGAGGGUCUGAGUUGGGAAGCAGAGGCAAGCCCGGACGUCUCUGAAGAGCGCUUGGAGGUCAUGCAGCAGCUCGAGAACUUGGUCCUGUCGGUCCUAGAACAGCUCGCAGACGCGCUCGACGAAGGUGAUAUGACGAAGGGGAAGAAAAUGACGAAGAGAAUCGUCGUUGAGCUUGCUGACCGAAAGCGGACGCUCUCGGAUGGGUCGGGAUUUCUUCUACACUGUGGACGGCACAGGCUGAAUUGGCUAUUUGCUGACCGUCUCCUCUCAGCUCAACUCUUUCGAGUCAUAAGUCUGGUGCACGAAGCCUUGUCGAACGAUAUCCCUAUGACAAAGCGUGACAUGUACUAUAAGGAUGUUGAACUCUUCAAGUCCCAGGCCAUGGUCGACAGACUUGUUGAUGAUCUUGCAGCAACCCUUGGUGUCGGUCGGGCUGACCUGAAUGUCCGCGCCUCAUCGAAAGGGCUUGUAUGCGGGUCGAGCCUAGUGAUUCACCUUCACGAUGAAGAAACGGUGGACGUCAACGAUUCAGAGGUCUGUCUUCGUCGCUAUCAUCCGGUGCAUAUAUUGACCGGAGAGAAACAGGGCACCCUGAUACCUGUUGGUGAAGACAUCGCUCGCUUUGAGAUAGAUGAGUCGCUGUCAUGGGUGCUUGUCGUUGAGAAGGAGGCGCGUUGCAAGCUACCAUCAAUAUUCGCAAUAGCUGAUGCCGCCCUAGGCGGUCUUCCAGACCCUAUGUCGCGUGAAAUUCGCUAG